AAGAAGCUGCUUCUGUUUCAAAACAUAACAGAAAACAUAGCAUGAUUUCAUUGAAAGCCAUACAAACAAUUUUCACUACGACAAAACAUGACUUUUUUCAUAGAACCGAUUUCUUCAUCAAGAACAAAAACCACCGUUCAAGGAUAUUGUUCGUCAGCAAGUCAAAAGACUCUGAUACAAAUACACAGUCAUCAUCACCAGAACCCUCACCUGAAGGUGAUGCACGAAAACAAGAGCUUCUAGCAAGAAUUGCAAUGCUCCAAGCCCAAAAAGUCCGUCUUACCGAUUACUUGGAUGAACGAUCGGAAUAUCUUACAAAAUUUGCUGAAGAGGCCAAUGUCGAGUUUGACCAAGUAGGCGAAAAUGCCCUCAAAGAACUUGAAGAAGCCAGUGCCAGGAUAAUGGGGAACAUAGAAAGCCAAAUGCAAGCGUUUGAAGAAUCAGCAGAAUCAAACAAGCUGGAGAUAGAAGAAAACCAAAGGAAAAUAGAUGAGUUUGAAGUACGGUUCCAGAAUGAAGUAAAUGAAGGUCUAUUCUUCAAAAACUUGGGGCAAAGUAAGCCUGUUGAUAAAACACUGGCAAAAGAGGAAGCUGAAAAGCUCAAAGAAUUGACCAAGCAAAAUGCAGGAACGAAAACUAGAAGAAACAUUUACCUUGCAUUGAUCGGCUUGAUUAGCAUCUCUAAUUGAUUCCUUGAUCGCUCCGUCUUUGAUUGGAGGAA